CACUUAAUUGCAACAUUUUUAUUUUGCUUACUAUGGAAGCAUCUAACGGGUCGAAUUUUGGAAUAGACACUAUUUUAUCCAACAACCCCAGCUGUGGAAGCCCGGUUCUAAUGAACGGAGAUUUUCGUCUUGGCGACAGCAGGAGCGCGGAUUUCAGGAGCCAGGCCACGCCAUCACCAUGUUCGGAGAUCGACACUGUGGGAACUACUCCCUCGUCCCCCAUUUCGGUCACCAUGGAGCACGCCGAAGCCCAUCUGCUCCAGGAUAGCCUUCAGCAUCACCACCAUCUUCACAAUCAGCAGCAAACUUUGCAGCUCUCGCCUCCGCCUCCGCAGCCCGGAGCAGUCGGCUCUGCCCCGAGGACUGUCACCUCUUCCUUUUUAAUCAAAGACAUUCUGGGCGACAGCAAGCCACUGGCCGCCUGCGCGCCGUACAGCACGAGCGUGUCAUCGCCGCACCACACUCCAAAACCCGAGAUCUUUGCAACCGACGGCUUCAGGCCAAAAUUAGAGCACGACGAUAAGAUCGAGCUGGACAAACAAAACGACGUUCAAAACGACCUGAAAUUUAACGGAACAAAGGAAGAGGGAGACAGAGAGAUUUCAAGUAGCAGAGAAAGUCCUCCGAUUCGCGCUAAAAAACCUCGAAAAGCACGGACGGCCUUUUCCGACAACCAGCUCAACCAGCUGGAGCGCAGCUUCGAGCGCCAGAAAUACCUCAGCGUGCAGGAUCGCAUGGACCUGGCAGCGGCUCUAAACCUGACCGACACACAAGUCAAAACCUGGUAUCAGAACCGACGGACAAAGUGGAAGAGACAGACCGCUGUCGGUUUGGAGCUUUUGGCCGAAGCUGGAAAUUAUUCCGCUCUUCAAAGAAUGUUCCCGUCACCGUACUUCUACCACCCGAACCUGCUGGGAAGCAUGGACAGCACCACUGCGGCCGCCGCAGCUGCAGCUAUGUACAGCAGUAUGUACCGGACUCCGCCGGCUCCGCACCCGGGCAUGCAGAGGCCUCUGGUCCCCAGGGUUCUCAUCCACGGUCUUGGACCUGGGGGGCAACCGGCAUUGAAUCCCCUGGCUAAUCCCGUUCCUGGCACGCCGCAGGCUCGAUAAACAUUUGAAACCGCCGAACAGCAUCGACAGCACCAAAUGGCAAGCGCACGAAACUUACGUGGAGCGCUGGGACGAACUUAAAAGUACUUUUUAAAAAGUCUAUUCAAAGACAGUUUUU